UCUCCUCCAGUUGAGGCGGGGAGAGCGUUGUGAGCACAGAAAAAACUUGGAAUAUCCGAUGCUCAGACGGACCACUAAAGUCCCCUCAGCUCGUGUGUCCUCUCUUUUUUUUUUGGCUCAACUCCUCGCUCAGAUGGAUAGCUCUUGCGUCUCUGGCUGGUCCUAGCUCUCUUGUCUUAAGCCACUGUGCUUGAGCAGUGCCGGCUGAUCGGUGUGCGCACUGACACCGAGGGGAUCUCUGACAACGAAGAGUGGCUGUCGGAGCAGUUGCUCUGAUGGUGAACGUUCCAUGUGAGACAUCUGAGGAUCGGAGCUCGAGACACUAGAAGAAGCGCGGACUCGAGAGCAGAGGCUCGUAACUGACGCUUCAGAAAGCAGGAACUGGAGUGUAACGGAGUGAGAAAAAACAAGGAGCUGCUUCUACUACUAAGGAAAAAAGCAAGGGGAUUAAUACAGAAAAAUAAUAAAGCAGGAUCAAACCAACAUGGAACAUUAAAGUGUUUUUUUUUAUUUUUGUGUGUGCUUCUUCUUCUCUCUCACUGCUUGAUUUCUGUUCAGCAUCAGCCGCUCGGAGCCGGGGCUCUGCCUUCAGGACCAGCUGUGCUACCGCUCUGUGUGUUUGUGAGGGUUUGGUGGGUGUGUGUGCUGGAGUGUAUUGUAAGUGUGUGCUUGUGUGUGUGUGUGAGAGAGAGAGCGAGAGAGUGUGUGUGUGUGUGUACCUGUGUGUGUGUGUGCGUGUGUGUGAGUGUGUGUAGCGAUGGUUGAAGGCUGCAGCUGCCAGUGUCCAGCUUGAGCAGCCGGUAUCUAACACGUGCUGCAAGAAAUCAUCCUGGCACAAAGUCAGUCAGGAGACGGCGUGACAGGACAACGGGCAAAAGCAAGCCAAGGAACGCGCGUUCCUCAGUUCCCUCCCUCGGAUGACAAGGUUUAAGCAGGAAAAGACUUCUUUCCUGAUUACUGAUUCACUGUGAGUUUGUGGAUAUAAAGUGCACAGAUGUUGACACAUGCAAAUCAGUAACAUUCCCAACAUGGCAAAUCUGCGCAGAGUUCAUUGCCCGUAGGAACACGACCCAGACCCCGUCCCUUUUCGGAUAUUAUCAGGAACAAAAUGUUUUGCCCUGAGACCACUUUCAAUUUUGUGCUUUGUUUUUCUGAAAGUCACUACAACCAGGUUUUGUCUCUCCAUGCCAAAAUCUUUGGAUCAGUGUUCCUCCGGGAUCAGCCUUUGAGGAUUUGAUUUUCUGCCCCUGAGGUGUCCUUUACAUUCUCAGCGUGGCGUACUUGGGGGGAAGCGUGGACUGGAGUAUGACCAGCUGUCACUACCCGACGCCGCGGCCGGAGCGGGACCGCAUGUACCAGCACAAAGUCUCACUGGUGGUGCGCUACUUUAUGAUCCCUUGUAACAUCUGCCUCAUACUGCUGGCUACAUCCACGCUGGGCUUUGCUGUGCUCCUCUUUCUCAACAACUACAAACCUGGCACCCCUCCGCCUGUCCCACCUCCUGAUGGCUGUCGGGUAAAGCUCUGUGGCUUCGGUGCAACGUGUGAAAGAGACCCUACCGACCCAUCUAAAGGAAAGUGUGUGUGCAAGAAGACGCAGUGUCCAUCUGUCGUGGCGCCGGUGUGCGGCUCGGACUCUUCCACCUACUCCAACGAGUGUGAACUGGAAAAGGCUCAGUGCAACACUCAGAGACGCAUCAAGGUGAUGCGCAAAGGCCCUUGUGCUUUGAAGGAUCCCUGCAGUGAGGUGACGUGUAGCUACGGCAGCACCUGCAUCCAGUCUUCUGACGGCCUCUCGGCUAAGUGCAUGUGUCCUCUGAGCUGUGAUCAUGUGCCUAAGGUUACAGUGUGUGGCAGCGAUGGCUUGGACUACCCCAGCGAGUGUGCGCUCAACAUGAAGGCCUGCUCCACCAACAAGAACAUCCGCCUCCAGCAUGUCGGCUCUUGCGAUCCAUGCCGCAUACACCAGAACAGCCUCAACAUAAUAUGCGUGUAUGACGCCCAGACCCAAAAGACUCAGAAACUGCCCUCGUCCUCGGCGUGUCAGCCAGACCCCGAACAGCUGUGUGCCAGUGACGGUAGGAGCUACAACAGUGCCUGCCAGAUGCAGAGCACGGCUCUGCAGACGGAACGGCUGCUGAAAGUGGUUCACUCAGGGCCAUGCAAGAAGCAAGAGGAAUGCCAGGAAAAUUGUAAGUUCAGUGCUGUGUGUUUGUUGGAGCAUGGAAGGGCACGCUGCUCCUGCGAGCCAAUCAGAUGUGACAGCACUUACGCGCCUCUGUGUGGUAACGAUGGUCACACGUACCCUAACGACUGCGAAAGGAGGCGUGCCGAGUGUCUGAGCCAAACCACCAUCCGCAUCAAACAGCAAGGGCCCUGUGAUCUGAAUGCACUGAGCCCAUGUCUGAAGACGACGUGUGAGUUCGGGGGCUCGUGUGUGGUGAAGAACGGCGAGGCAGUGUGUGAGUGUUUGGAUACUUGCCUCCAAGCCUCUGACCCUGUGUGUGGCAGUGAUGGGCAAACCUACACCAGCCAGUGCCAGAUGAAUGCUAUCAGUUGCACCCUGCAAAAACACAUCCAGAUAAAGCACAAGGGACCUUGUGAUAAGGCCUGCAAAAACUGCUCGUUCGGUGCUAUCUGUGAUGAGCAGACCCACCGUUGUGUGUGCCCAAAGGAGUGUGUGGGUUCCAAGCAGCCUGUGUGUGGCAGCGAUGGCAACACUUACAUGAACGAGUGCGAGUUGCACGUACACGCCUGCAUCGAGCAGCUAGACCUCCAUGUGGUGGUGCAGGGAGAAUGCAAGAACUGUGGCAGCACUGUGUGUAGUUGGGGUGCCCGCUGUGUCCAGAAUAAGUGUGAGUGCCCUCAGUGUGAGGGUCAGCCCGAUGCGCAGGUCUGUGGCACUGACGGCAAAACCUACACCAACGAGUGUGAGCUACGACAGACGUCCUGUCAGGAGAAGAAGAACAUAGAAGUGGCAAGGCCUGGCAGCUGUGACGAAGACUGCGGGUCUGGAGGCUCAGGCUCCGGGGUGGAGGCGUGCGAACAGGAACGAUGUCAGAAUUUCGGAGGCUCAUGGGAUGAAGACAGGGAGGAUGAUGGAUGUGUGUGUGACUUCAUUUGCCAGAACGUGCCUCGGAGUGAGGUCUGUGGGACAGAUGGUAAAAACUACAGCAAUGAGUGUGAGCUAAAGAAAACUAGGUGUGAGAAGCAGGUGGAUCUGAGGCUUCAUAGCCAAGGCCCAUGUAUAGCGAUGGAGACUCUGCCUGGUAUGAUCAGUGCAACACCCUGCAGCGAGACUGUGUACGGAUGUUGUAAAGACAACAAGACUGCGGCACUGGGCGUCGAUAUGGCAGGAUGUCCCAGUAAGUGUCACUGUAACCAGUACGGCUCAUACGGAGGGACAUGUGACCCCAGCACAGGUCAGUGCUCCUGCAAGCCCGGAGUCGGAGGUCUAAAGUGUGACCGCUGUGAGCCCGGCUUCUGGAACUUCCGCGGCAUCGUGACAGAGAAAGCGAGCGGCUGUACACCUUGUAACUGUCAUUCAGUGGGCUCUGUGAGGGAUGACUGUGAACAGAUGACAGGCCUCUGCUCCUGUAAGACCGGAGUGAAGGGCAUGAAGUGUGACGUUUGCCCCGAUGGCAGCAAGAUGGCCACCAAUGGCUGUGACAAAGGUUCGCAGGUGUUAUUGUCCUGUGCAGAGCUGCAGUGCCCCCAAGGAUCUUCAUGUGUGGAGUCAGAGGGGCAGGUUCACUGCUCGUGUCCGUAUCCUGACUGUGACCAGACGAACAAGACCAAGGUCUGUGGCACGGAUGGUGUGACCUACGCUGACUAUUGCCAGUUAAGAACUAUUGCCUGUCGACAGGACAAGGAAAUAACUGUGAAGCACUUAGGCCAGUGCAAAGACUUCCCCCCUGAGCAGGGUGACAAGCCCACUCCCUUGGCCAUCACUCCACCCGCCACUCCCACUGCACCUGUCAAGGUCACCCCGACACACCAUGGCCUCACCACCACCCCAUCCGACUACGACAUGGAGGACGGCACAAACGCACCUUUGUUGGAAGGUGCUCCUCCAGCCCUGGAGUCAUCCCAGCCUUACCCCACCCACAGCCCCCCAACCACUCCUCACUAUCCACCCCGCUCCCCAUCACUCUCCUCCGGCUUUGAGGAUUCAGGCAGUGGGGAGCCCAGUGGGGAUGACGACAUGGAGGGUAGCACAGUGGAAGCGAGCGGAGACGAGCCUGUCGGUACCACUGUAGCAGCCACCACUCUCCCUACAGGUGAAGCACGUUCCUCCUGCGAUAACACACCUUUUGGUUGCUGCCCUGAUGGCAAGACCACUGCUAACACCCCAGAUGGCUCUAACUGCCCAUCCACCAUGCGCUUUACAGGCGUAAUGCAUCUGGAUCAGGUAGAUGGUCAGGAGAUCUUUUACACAUCAGAGUUGGAUGACCCUAAGUCAGAGCUGUUUGGUGAGACAGCUCGCAGCAUCGAGAGCGCUCUUAAUGAGCUGUUCCGCAAAUCUGAAGUACAGAAGGACUUCCAGAGUGUCCGAGUGAAAAAUCUGGCUCCCAGCAACUCCAUUAUGGCUGUAAUAGAGGCUCAUUUUGACCCAGACACUAGAUUUACAGUAGAGGAUGUAGGGGACGCACUGCUGGAACAGCUUAAGACGGCUAAAGAACAUGGCAUUGUAGUGAAACAACCUGAAGAGGACUACAUCCGUUUCACCAAUUAUGGUCUUUCUGUUCUUCCUUUCUUCACCACGUCUGCAACUACUGUUGCCACUGCUACACCCACUAUCGCUACCAUCAUCACCACCACCACCACCGGAAGCACCAUGCCCCCUACCACCACCCCCAUAUCAACACACCAGCCAACCAGCACCAGACGGCCGUUCACCACCGGGAGAACAACCACAGCUGCCCCGAUCACCAGCACCCCACCACCACCACCCACCACCAUUUCAACCAGAAAAGCCCCAAGACCGUGUGAUUCUCAUCCCUGUGGCCACGGAGGUACCUGCGAGGACGACGGUGAUGAUUUCAACUGCACCUGUCCGGUCGGAAGAGGUGGAGCUGUGUGUGAGAAGGUGAUAAAGUAUUACAUCCCAUCCUUCGGUGGCAAAUCGUACCUGGCCUUCCCGACCAUGAAAGCCUACCACACAGUGCGUAUUGCCAUGGAGUUCAGAGCCUCUGACACGACAGGUAUACUCCUCUACAACGGCCAGGAAGGCAAGAAGGAUUUCCUCUCUUUGGCUUUGGUGGAAGGAAAAGUGGAGCUCAGGUUUAACACAGGCUCUGGAACCUGCUCGGUGAUCAGCAGUGUCACAGUGAAACCUGGUCACUGGCAUCACUUAGUGGUAAUCCGUAACAGACGCAAUGGUUCACUCAGUGUGGAUAAUGAGAUGCCAGUCGAGGGCCAGAGCCCAGCAGGUACUGACGGACUCAACCUGGACACUAAUCUUUUUAUCGCCGGGGUUCCUGAAGAGAUGAUCCAAGACGUGAAAGAGAGAACCUCAGUCACUACCGGUUUGAUCGGCUGUAUCCGCCUCCUGGAUGUCAAUAACAUGGUGUACAACCUUCAGGAGAACGGGGGCAACGUUCUGUACGGCACCGCCGUCGGUGAAUGCGGUAACAACCCGUGUCUGCCCAACCCCUGCAAAAACAGAGCCUCAUGUCAGGUCAAAGAGGCUGAGAUGUUCCACUGCAAGUGUGUUAAUGGCUUCUCAGGUCCAACUUGUGCUGAUUCGCACAACCCAUGUGAGCCGAGCCCAUGCCACCCCUCUUCUCAGUGCCACGUUCUUCCAGAAGGAGGCUACAAAUGCGAGUGCCCCAUGGGCCGUGAGGGCAAGCACUGCAGAAAACUAUCAGAAAAGAAGGGUGCCUACAUUCCCUACUUCAAUGGCGACUCCUACCUCGAGUUGAAGGGCCUCCAUUUAUACGGUCACGAUCUGAGGCAAAAGGUCAGCAUGACUGUGGUCCUGCUGGCUAAUGACUCAAACGGCAUGAUCUUCUAUAACGGCCAGAAGACGGAUAGAAAGGGUGAUUUCAUCUCUCUUGCACUGAAUGAUGGCAUCCUAGAGUUUCGAUACGAUCUGGGCAAAGGGCCAGCUGUCAUUAGGAGCAAAGAGAAGCUUAAACUGAACGUGUGGACCACAGUAAACCUGGAGCGAGCUAACCGUAAAGGAGAAAUCACUAUCAAUGGCAGAGACUCAGUCAAAGGAGAGGCUCCGAAAUCACGCAAGAACCAGCACACAGAUCUCAACCUGAAGGAAUCUCUUUAUGUGGGUGGAGCACCAGAUUUUAGUAAGCUGGCCAGAGCAGCAUCAAUUAAAGCUGGAUUUAAAGGAGCCAUUCAGAAGAUUACUUUGAUGGGCACGUCGAUCCUAAAGGCCGAUAACGCUCUUCACUCCAUGGAUGUGUCCAUGUACACACACCACCCUUGUUCCCGAGAUGUGUGCGAGAACGGCGGCGAGUGCAACCCACUGCUUGAGAGCUACGAGUGUGUGUGUCCGUUUGGCUUUACGGGACCACAGUGCCAGCACACUACCUACGAGAAAGCAGCCGGGGAGUCCGAGGCCAUUGCUUUUGACGGCCGAACGUUCAUCGAAUAUCACAACGGCGUCACCAAGAGCCCUGAGUCUCUGGAGACCCCUUCAGAUCAGAGUGAGAAGGCCUUGCUGGUGAACAAGUUUGAGCUAAGCAUCAAAACUGAGGCCACUCAUGGUCUUCUCCUGUGGAGUGGAAAAGGUGUGGAACGUUCUGACUACAUUGCGUUGGCCAUCGUGGAUGGACGUGUCCAGAUGACCUACGACCUUGGUUCCAAACCAGUAGUCUUGCGAUCAUCGGUGCGGGUCAACACUAAUCACUGGAUCCGCAUUAAAGCUAGCAGGGCUCUGAGGGACGGAUCUCUGCAAGUCGGCAAUGAGGCAGCAGUGACAGGCUCCUCACCUCUGGCUGCCACUCAGCUGGAUACAGAUGGUGCCCUUUGGCUGGGUGGACUUGAGGAUAUGGCUGUGGCCCGUCGUCUUCCCAAGGCCUACAGUACAGGCUUUGUGGGUUGUGUGAAAGACGUGAUCGUAGACGGCGUGGAUUUGCAUCUAGUAGAGGACGCCUUAAACAGCCCCAAAAUAUUACACUGUUCAGCCAAAUAGCCUGGCACCACCUCCUCUUAACACCAUGUCUACUGCUGUAAUUAUUUUCUAUUUUUGUAUACUUUUCAUUGCUUUUUAUAUUGGAAAAAAGACGGCAUUGUUUUAAUUUUGGUUUGUUUCCAUUAUAUAUAUAUAUAUAUAUAUAAAUAUAUAUAUAUAUAUAUAUAUAUAUAUAUAUAUAUAUAUAUAGUUUGAUCGGAUCGGCGCCUCCAUUCAUCUACAUUUUUUUAAUUUUUUUUCCCCAAAUUGCAGUUACAUGGUGUCGCAAGACAAGAAAAUAUGUAUUAUAUUUGCGGUGUUGUUUUUAGAACACCAGAAAACAAAAAUCAUUAUCUUGCUCAUUACUUGAAAUGGUGAAUAAGGUAGGUGCUGUUUGUCUUCUCUAGACUGCCUUCUCUUGGUGCCAUAAUUUCCUACGUUGUAGUACACCAUGUACAUUCCACUAAGCUGCUGCUAUGGGUAAUGCCUAUCGCUUUCAGCAGCGUUCUCCCAAACAAAGCAUGUGUGACUUUUAUCUUUACUAACGGACGGUCAGCGUUAAUUUAGCUGAACAAGUGUUCAAGUCCCAUUAGUCCAGUAACCAGCAUCCAGCCCCAUUUCUAUUUAUGGUUUUAAGCUCCUUGCUAACACAGAGCUUCAGAGCUCAACAAAAUAUUUGCAUAGCUCUUCAGAAAUGUCUGAAAUAUCAAGCUGAACUCAGUGACUGACAUUCAAGAUGUUAGCAAUUGAUAGAACAAUAAUACAAGAGACUGUGAACAAUGAGAAAUACUGUAAGUCUUUUCCAUCACAAGCAUCCGUCUCGUGUGCCGUGCGCCGUAUCUAAUCCUUAAGAAUGACCACUUGCUGCAUGCAACCUUUUACACGUGAAGUUCAGUUUGUCUUGGUUUAUCUUGAACUUUCUUAUUCCUUUCAGGGCAAAACUUGAGUUGGUUGUGUUGCAUUGCAAUGUUUAUGUAUCUUCUGAUUUAAGGUGUUUGCUUGGUUAGUUGGUUGGUUGUUUGUUUUGACUUUUUAUUUCUUUUUGAGUUUGGGCGAAUAAAACGAUAGACCUUGUUUUGCAUGCGUCAGUCUGUCACGCUCUAAAAGUAAGAAAUGGCUGCUACACUAGUCUCUGCCAUGAGGAGGCAUCGUAGCACAAGGAGACGAAAGGGGAGCGACAGAAAACAGAUGACAGCAGGGCGAUUGCAAGAACACUGACAUAUCCGUCUCAUUUUCAGUCUUUCCUGAACUCAUCAGGAUUUUCCUUCAAGCGCUACUAUUAAAUGAUUACCGUCAGCACUUGCAUAGAAAAAAAAGGGAUGUCUAGACCCUGGCGUUUGAUGUCUAGUCGCUUGAAUUUUCUGACUGGUCCUGGAUCAGCUGUUAAAAUAAGCAAACGUAUCAAAAACAAUAACAAAUAAAAUAAUAAUAGUAAUAAUAAUAAUAAUAUUAUUAUUAUUAAAAAGAUGAAUUAUAAUAAUAAUAAUGCAUGGGGUUUGUUAUAUGAAAAUGAUUUUUGUAACAUGUUUGAAAACAAAUGUGAUGCAAUUGUUUGUACUGCUGACCUGAACAUUGUAAGAAAUAUUUUAGUUUCAAUACAAGUCCAAAACUACACAAAAAAAAAAAAAAAAAAAUCAUGCUUGUUCACAGUAAAGUAUCCUGUUGUUAUUUUGUGGAGAAAAAAACUAUCCUUUUUUCUUUUUUUAAUUAAUUUUCUUUUGUUUUUUCCUUUCUUUUGUUUUUUUUAAAGCAGUGAGACACCUGAAUCGUUUUAUAUAGCCCUAUCUCUAUGUAAAUGAAUAAUGCGCAUCUGUGGAUUUAUUAUUUUUUUAGUAUUAUACACUGGAAGCAAUUCUAACUUGUCUGUCAGUUUCACAUAUUCUGUUCCUGUGUGUUCGGGGAGAAAAACAAUCAUAUAUUGGUAUAUAUAUAUACUGUAUAUAUAUAUUGAUUACAGUGAAGGGUUUUGUAGUGUUACAAACCAAAACCCAACAGCCCAGUAUUUCUGUAUUAGCUGAACAUCUUUCCUUUCUUACAUAGUGUCCAUAUUGGUUUAUCCUUAUCUUUUCCUCCAUGGUUAGUUCUUUUUUUUUUUCUUUUUUUCUUUUUUUAAAACAAAAACAAAAGGGACCUCCUGCAUGCUUGGAGGACGCUGAUAGGACAGAGUGCUGGGCUCAUGAAGAUGGGGCGCACGCAUGAACAUCCAAUGUCUGGAUGGGAACUGUCUGAGAAUUGCCUUAAACCCAUCUUCACUCACCGGUGACAGAGUCGACGUCUUUAAUAAUCUACUCCAUGCUCUCUGUUUAGCCUCUAUAUUAGCCACAUCACCACAUUGUGUAAAUGAAUUCAUAGAUAUUAAUAUUUGUAUUAAUACUGUUUAUGAGAAUAUCCCAGAAUACCUAAAAAAAAAUGGACGUUCUGGACUCUACAGAUAGAAUAUUUACUGUUUAAAUGCUAUUUUCAAUAUCUAUUUAUGUCUUUGAGUGGAUUCCAUUACUGGCCUUUGUAAACUACUGUUUUGAUUCAGAUAUUCCUGAAGGGCAGUGCUCAGAAUGAGAGUGGCAUGACAUUCCCAUUACUAACUUUAUUACUUGUGUCUUGUGUUCCCACCACCAUGAAAUAAAGUGUAAAACAAACUCA